AUGCGCGACCCAGGCAUGCGCGACGGGGGCAUGCAUCGCGGCGGUCGAGGCCCCGCGGCGUACGGCGGCCCGUACGGCGCAUAUGCCGGAGGCGCGGGCCCGCGGCGGGAAUGGGGCGCGCAAGAGCAAUGGCGGUGGGGGGCCGGUGGGGGGUACGUCUCGGGAAUACCGGCGUCGGGAAUAGCGCCGUACGAUAGUCCACCCGAGACGACGUACGUGGAGAUGGAGGACGAUCCGACGGCCCACGACUCGCCGCCGUCGUACCACAGAGCGAGCGACGUGAAUCCGCACAUCGCCAUGCUGAGGCGGCGCCGUGCCAUGUACAGCAGCAGCAGAUCGCACUACCUUUCGGCGCUUAUCAAGCAGAACCUUCCCUAUAUAGUCAUCGCCGUUCUGCUCAUUCUUCUACUUAUUCAAAACCGGCGGCAACAGCUUGCGCCAGCCUCGAAUGGGGGGACUGGCGCAGCAGGUGGGGCGGGCGCGGGAGGAGGAGGCGCAGGGGCAGGGACUAAGUCGGCAGCGGGAGAGAAAGCGGAAGCAGGGAAGGGGGGCGGAGGGCAAGGGGGGGCGGGGCAAGCGCAGGGAACAGGCGCAGCAGGGGCCGCAGGCGCGGCAGGAGGGGGAGCGGGGACCACUGCAGGGACGGCGGGAGCAGCAGCGGGGGGAGACACAGGCGCUUCUAGCCACUUCGACCCGCAAUCCGACCUGAGUGACACGGAGAAGCGGCGCGAACUGGUGAAGGCGAUUCUGGAGGACCCAAAUUCCAAAAUCGCCAAGGAGGUGACGCGCAACAACGUGUUCCGCGAGCACAUGCCCACGUUUGGGUUCGUGCAGUUCGCGAGCUACCGCAUGAGCGAAAGCAAGUUCGCCGUGGUGGGACUGGCGUCCCGCGUGCUCAAGACGUCGCGGGAACUGGGCCGGUGCCUGUGGAAGGAGAAGCACGGCGGCCACAGGGUCACGGGGCAGCUCGUGGCCUAUUACCCAGGCGACGACCACAACAAGCGGUACGAGGCGGUGGUGCUGGUGUGCGAACUAGAGGAGUCCACUGCACAGGACUUCGGAGGAAUCCUGGUGGUCACAGUGGACAAAGAAGACAUCGUCGCAUACAUCGAGGACCAGGGCCAGUACCCCUCCGCCAACCCCGCCCCGCCGUACCCCCACCGCCUCACCUACUGCUCCCCCCCGCUCGCCACGAAGCUCAUCCCGAUGCGCAUCUAUGAGUGGAUAGAGUACCACCUGCACGUGGGGGUGGACCGUGUGGUGCUGUACGAUGCAGGCGCGCUGGACCCCGAGAUCAUGGGGCUCAUAGAGGGCUUUGUGGAGGGCGGGUUCGUGCAGAUCGUGGACAUGCGGCGCGUGGAGCAGUUUGACAUCUGGGAGUCUGGGAGGUUGCUCGCGAUGAAUGAUUGUGUGCACCAGCACGCGUUCACCUCCCAGUGGGUGUUCUUCGCCGAGAUGAGCGAGUACUUCUCGUCCAGGUCCGGGGAGGAUAUGGCGGCCGUGCUGAGUAGGUUUGAGGGGCGGCCGUACGUGUCGUUUGGCAGCCGAUGGUGGUCGCUGGAGAAGUGCGUUCAGGUGGAGGGGGCAGGGGGAGGGGCGGGGGGAGGGCUGUUCUGCACCAACAAGGACGAGUACCCGCGCGCCGAGAUGUGCCUGGGGGAAUUCGGCUACCGCCGAGUCGCCGUGGAUCCAAGACAAGUCAUGACCGUCCUGGUUCACCGCACCAGCGUGCCCGAGAUGGGCGGCGACGACUUGGACGCUAGUGAGGCGCGGUUCAACCGGUACCCACUGCUGACGGAGGAGACGAGGAAGGCGUGCCAGAGAGAGGUUCGGCCAGGGGAGGUGGUGGAGUGGUGGGUAAGGGACGCUGAGGUGGCGGAGAUUGCGGAGAAGGCGCGGAAGAGCCCUAAGGGGCGGCCGCGGGUCUCGUCUGUGUUGUCUUCUGCUCGAAGAUGA